AGAAAAGACCAAACCCAAACGCUGCAGCUCUAACGCGCUGGAUGCAGAUGUUCUCGGAACACAGAGUGAUGGGGAAGGAUGUAGGUUACUAGAUCUGGGGCUGCAGACGCAGGCACGAGAAAUUCAUUUUCAGGGAAUCCGGGAGAAGAUAAUCUGGUGGGGUGGGGGAAUCUGACACAUGCGAGGGAUGCAGGGCUCAGUGGGAUGCAGCAGCUUGGUGUGCUUUCUGUGCUUGGGGAGGGAUGGGGGCUACAAACAGGGUGCAGCACAACGCUCUGUGUGCGCUGGUACCAGCAGGGGCAUUUAUUUGUGCUGCUCUGGUGCUGGUGGGACCAGUUGCAAAGCCAGGCCCCUCCUGGUCUGUAUUUUCUCUCUUUGUGAAUUCACACUCUGAAACACGUACACAUCCCUGGCAACUGAUUUUAGCUUUAUAGGAGCUUUCUUGAAGCUGGUAUGAGUCUGCAUCCUAAAAAUAUCCCCCAAAUGUAUUUCUAAUCCCCAAGGAAUAAUUUUCUAAGAAAGCAAACUGGUGGUUCCCAAGGUGCAGGUGGAUGCAGCAAAGGAUUUCUGUCUUUCCCACCAGCUUGUUACCCCAGCAACGGGGCGUAUUUGGCAUUGGUAGCUAUGCUGUGGGUUCCCACCUCGGCAGAGAGGUGCGUGGUCUGGGACUGACAGAGUAGGAUCUGGUGAGGGCAGCGGAGGGAUGGGGCGAAACACGGGUGCUUGUACACAGGAAAGAUUCCUCCUGCAUACUGAGCAGGGUGGAUAUUUUUCUGGAUUUCCUACGCAGUGCUUUAUAAUCUUAAUCAAUAUGGUGGAAGAGAAAUGCCAGCCCACACCUGGCUGCUCUGCCAGGCUGGGUCUGCCCGUUCUGCCAACUGGCACAUCCCCACUCGGCUUGCAGUCCCACCACUGGCCCACCCAGCUCCAGCAGCACCCCUUGGUGCUGAAGUACAGAAGAGAUUGAUUGUAGGGGAUGUUGUCCUUCUUGAGUCAACACAAACGCCAUGGCGGUGUGCGCUGCAGAGGAUGAAUUCACAUAUUGGAAAUAGUGCCCUUGAGGGGAAAGGCUCUGUAUCCUGCUCUCUACCAGCUCUGAGCCAUGCUGUGUGCAGAGUGUCGCUUGGUUGUAAUAAAUCUUGUUCUCCAGAGGGUGGGAGAGUGGGGGAUUAUCUGGGAAUGGGUUUGUAACUAGGACAUGUAAUAUAAUCUCUGAGGCCCAUUUGGCAGGGAGUGGGCAUGGGGGAGGGGUUCUUAAUUUAUAAUGAUUUUACUUCUCUCCCCUCCGCCCUUUCCCUCCUUCAUUUCUCCUUUUCCCUGCCCUGGAGCCUAUGUGAUAAAGAUUAAUUUGCUAUUUCUGGGCCUGUGACAUUUUUCAGAGCCUCCGGCUGGCUGCUGCCUCCAUGCCAAGCCUGGCUGGGCUACAUCCAAUGGAACAGCAAGGAGGGGCCAAAGGAAUAUGGUGCCCGCCAUGGAGUGGGGAAGGAGGAAGCAAGGGGCUCAGCAAUUUGUUUUACAUGUGGGGUGGCUGAUUGGACGUUUACCUGGGGGCACAUGUAUGGAUCCUUGCCCUUAGUACAGAGGGUGGAAGGCAUGAAAGAUAAUGGCUGAAUGCAGCACUUGUCUUCUGGGGACACCCCAGCGGAAGAUGUCUCCUGGAUCCUUUACUUAUGGCUUUAGUGAUCUAAAGUAUUUAGCAUUUGGAAUCUCUCUCCAGAAUCAGAAUACUUAUGCCUCUUGAUUUCAUUUUUUUAAACUAUCCCAGCUUUCCAGGGUACACAAAUACCCCUCUACAUGCUUCUAGGAAGAGAGUAUUGAGGAGGUGAGAAGAAACAUGUUGUUUCUGAUGGCAUCUUCCAGGAGAGGUAGAAUAGAACUGAAGAAAAAUAGCUUCCUAUUCCCAGUUUCUCUUAGCCUUUAUUCUAGAGAUGAAGGUGGGGAGGGGUGGUUGCUAAAUGCUACUGCGUGAUAUUCUGCUCUUUUUCUACUGAGUCUGCCAUGUUGGCUAAUAUUUUCCCUGUGCUCCAUCCCUUACCCAAACUCACCUCAGCAAAUAAGCACAAACCCUGGAUUGAAGCUGAAUAUCAGGGCAUCGUCAUGGAGAAUGACAACACAGUCCUACUCAACCCACCGCUGUUUGCACUGGACAAAGAUGCUCCUCUGCGCUAUGCAGGUGAGAUCUGUGGCUUCAGGAUCCAUGGGGCAGGGGUGCCCUUUGAAGCUGUGAUCCUGGAUAAAGCUACAGGUGAGGGGCUGAUCCGGGCCAAGGAACCAGUGGAUUGUGAAGCACAUAAGGAGCACACAUUCACCAUCCAGGCUUAUGACUGUGGAGAAGGACCUGAUGGAACCAACACUAAAAAAUCUCACAAGGCCACAGUGCAUGUUCGAGUAAACGAUGUGAAUGAGUUUGCUCCUGUCUUUGUGGAAAAGUUGUAUCGUGUCGCAGUGACUGAGGGAAAGCUGUAUGACCGCAUCUUGCGUGUUGAGGCCAUUGAUGGAGACUGCUCACCACAGUACAGCCAGAUCUGUUACUAUGAGAUCCUGACCCCCAAUAUUCCCUUUCUGAUUGACAAUGAUGGGAACAUUGAAAACACAGAGAAACUUCAGUACAGUGGAGAUCGUGUCUACAAAUUCACAGUAACAGCCUAUGACUGUGGAAAAAAGCGGGCUUCUGAUGAUGCUGAAGUGGAAAUCCAGGUGAAACCCACCUGCAAGCCCAGUUGGCAGGGCUGGAACAAGAGGAUUGAGUACACACCAGGUGCAGGCAGCCUCGCGCUAUUUCCCAGCAUUCACCUGGAGACCUGUGAUGAGCCCCUGUGGAAUAUCCAGGCCAUGGUGGAGCUGCAGACAAACCACGUGGCUAAGGGCUGCGACCGGGAUAACUACUCUGAGAAAUCACUACGCAAACUCUGUGGUGCUGCUUCAGGAGAGAUUGACUUGCUGCCUGUGCCUAGCCCCACGGCGAACUGGACUGCACGGCUCUCAGUGCACUACAGCCAGGACAGCAGCCUCAUCUACUGGUUCAACGGCAGCCAGGCUGCCCAAGUGCCUGUCAUGAAUGGGCUGAAUGCCCAUGAGGGGCUGAGUGACCACUUCACCCUGUCUGUGUGGAUGAAACAUGCUGUGGUGCCCAGCAAAGGCAGGCGGGAAGAGGAGACAGUGAUCUGCAGUACAGUGCAGAGCGAGGAUGGCUACUCGCAUUACUCUCUGGCUGUGCAUGGCUGCCGAAUUGCUUUCCUCUACUGGCCGUUGCUGGAGAGUGCAAGGCCUGUGAAGUUCCUCUGGAAGCUUGAGCAGGUCUGUGAUGAUGAAUGGCACCAUUAUGCCCUCAACCUUGAAUUUCCAACUGUCACACUCUACGUGGAUGGUGUCUCUUAUGACCCUGCUCUCAUCCAUGACAAUGGCCUCAUUCAUCCCCCACGGCCAGAACCGUCACUCAUGAUUGGAGCCUGCUGGACCGAGGAGAAAAACAAGGAGAAAAACAAAGGAAAUGAGAAUUCCACUGAUACUGUACAAGGAGAUCCUCUGUUGAUACACCACUACUUCCAUGGUUACUUGGCUGGCUUCACUGUGCGCCCUGGUAGCUUGGAGAGCCGGGAGGUUAUUGAAUGCCUGUAUGCCUGCCGUGAGGGGCUUGAUUACAGUGACUUCGACAGUCUGGGCAAAGGGAUGAAGGUUCAUGUGAACCCCUCUCAGUCCUUGCUCACUUUGGAGGGUGAUGAUGUGGAAACUUUCAACCAUGCAAUCCAGCAUGUGGCUUACAUGAAUUCGCUGCGCUUUGCUACUCCUGGAGUCCGGCCACUCAGGCUCACUACUGCUGUCAAGUGUUUCAGUGAAGAAUCAUGCGUCUCCAUUCCUGAUGUGGAAGGUUAUGUUGUGGUGCUGCAGCCUGAUGCUCCCCAGAUCCUGUUGAGCGGCACUGCCCACUUUGCUCAUCCUGCAUCAGACUUUGAGGCUCCUGAUGGAGUCCCCCUUUUCCCCAACCUCCAGAUCACCUGCUCUAUUUCUCACCAGGUGGAGGCCAAGAAAGAUGAGAACUGGCAUGGUACUGUGACAGACACACGAAUGUCAGAUGAGAUUGUACACAAUCUGGAUGGCUGCGAGAUCUCAUUGGUAGGAGAUGACUUGGAUCCAGAGAGGGAAUAUCUGCUCCUGGAUGGAGCAUUGCUGCAACAGCGGGGCCUGGAGCUUGUUAACACUUCUGCCUACCUCACCAUCACAGGGGUAGAGAGCAUUGCAGUUUACGAGGAAAUACUACGUCAGGUCUCAUACCACAUCAACCGUGGCGCCGCUCUUUAUGAGAGGAAGUUCCACCUGUCCUGCACUGAGAUGAAUGGACGUUAUUCCAGCAAUGAGUUUUCUGUUGAGAUGAAUGUGCUCCACAACAUGAACCAAGCUGCUCAUCCUAACCACAUGCUGAAUUCCCAGCAGUUUAUACACCGAGGCCAUCAUUUACCCCCAGAGCUAUCUGGCCACAGCUUGGCAAGCACCCAUAACAACCCUAUGGUCCCCAGUGCAGCCACCAUCAUCAUUGUGGUGUGUGUGGGCUUCCUGGCACUCUUGGUGAUCCUGGGCAUCCUGCGCAUCCACUCCCUGCACCGGCAGGGAAUGGGGCAAGAGGCCCCUGGGGCUGCCGCAGGGGGACACACAGGCACCAGCAGCAAAGACAGCGACAUGUUCUGGGAUGACUCGGCCCUCACCAUCAUAGUGAACCCCAUGGAGUCCUACCAGAGCUGCCAGGAGAGGGCUGCAGACAACUGCGAGGGCAGAGCAGGUAAGGGCAUGGAUGAAGAUGAUGACAGCAGCGAUUCGGAGACACCUGACUCCCCAGACAGUAAUGACAUGGAUGAUCGGCACAUCAUUGGCAAAAAUGACAGUGCUCACCGCUAUUAGGAGCUUUAAAACAUCUGUCCAGUGGAUCCUCCAAAACAUACGGUUGGGAGGAGGAGGUGUCUAACUUCCUUCUCCCCCCACCUUGUACAUGUUCUCCUCCCUCGUGUCAUUUUUGCCUCCCAUGUUCCUUCGUCUUCUGCCAUUCUCAUUGUGGACAUUCCCUAUGAUUGACCCCCCCCAUUUGGCUCUCUAGAGACGCAUAUUUGGGCACUUGCACAUGACCGUGGCACAGUUCAAACUAUGAUGAGGAAGGAGGGGCUUGGAAAGAACAGAAAUGUGGAAGGAGGAGCCAGCCACAUGGCUCAGAGUGGGGUCUCUCACAACCCCUCCCCAGAUAUUAUAUAUAUAUAUAUUGUAUAUUUUUUCAAUGUUGUUGUUUGAGGUUUAUUCUCAUUUCAUGCAAAACAAAACAAAACAAACAAAAAAAUCCCAACAACCAGAACUGCAGCUUGUGUCACUUUGUAAAAUUGUCGAUACUCCUGAACUAAACGAAUGAUGGUAAGAAGGACGAGGAAGCAAAGUGGAUUUUAAAAUAAAUGGAUUUCAAAUAAAA